CAAAGACAAGGAGGGUGGCCGCCCCCGUAAGAAGCAGAACGUGCUGGGGAAUGACCAGACCAGCAUCCUGAUGUACUUCAAAACAAGCGAUAAACAGCCGUUGCCACGCACAAAUCCCCAGCAGCCCCCCUUUUUUAUGGGUGUUUUGCGUUAGUUUUUUAUUUCCAUAUUUGGCGUGCGUAUCGGGCUCGGUGACAUCUCCCGUCGUCAUAGGCCUUCUGGUUUCGGAGUUAUGGAGGUUUUGGCACCCCCGGGUCAUGAUGGUGACCCGGGUCACCGCCAAUCGAUUCAUAUACACACAGACACAUUUAUAACGGGAAUUUUUGUUAUUAUUUCACCAAAUGUGGCGAACAUUGUAUCAAUGGCACAUGCGUUGCAGAUGUGCUUGUUCACAGAUUACCAUGGGAGGAACUGGUAUUUUAUUAUUCUGAUUAAAUUAAUUAUCUCGUCCGCAGUAAGAAUGGGAUGAAACUAUGGCGCGAGUCCUCUUGUCCGCAUCGAAAAUGAGAUGAGCAGCAAUUUUUUUACGUAGUCUCCGUACAUUUGUUCAUUCGGAAAAGUGUUCUAUAUGGGUGGAUUCAUAAAAAAAAAUGAAAUGCGACUUAAUUUAUGUCAGUAAUGUUUUUUUUGUAAUCGUAUGUGUGUCAAUAUGUAGCCAUAAGCCUGAGACAUUUACAAAGUUUCCGCUUCAGUCAUUCUAAUAGGAAUAACUGGUUUAUUGAAGUAAUAACAGGUGUAUUUUGAUUGUCACUCAGAAGAUAAUCAAGAUAUUGAUGUCUCGGGCAACGAACCUUCAAAAACGAUGUACAAAUGUUUUCAGUCAGUGUCUCCUUGUGCAAAUGAUCACGGGGCCCUGCUCAUGUCCAUUGGCAGACUUGAGGCAUUGGUAGAAAUUUACAAAUUAUCUUGGCAGAGACCAUGGUGUCUGUCCCUAGAACAAUCACAUUUAAUGUCCCAUUUUGUUGACCCAAGAGGGAUGAUGGGCUUAGUCGACAAUGACCGGGAUUUUUUUUUCCAACUUUCCACUCGCGAGUCGAAUACUCUGCCCAAAAUGGCUCGAAGCUAGAUAUAAAAUGGAGGCAAAUCUCAUUUUCAUUUAUUUAGAUAGAGGUCUUACUUUUUAAACAAAUUGCAGCACAACAUUUGCCUUGGAUUACAGGGUGUUGCGCUUCAGUGAACAUUUGUAUGUGUGUCAUCCGUGGGAUCGUGGCAAGUGAUGAUGUAAAAAGUGCCGCGCUGGAAGCUGCCCCCUUUGAACGAUUGGACCAAACCAUUGCCCGUUCCUUGGGGAGAUUCACAAACAUACAAUAGCGAUAGUUUAGCUUUGCUACUAUAUAAACAUUACAAGAGAAAAAAAACCUUUCAUACGUAAGUGUAAAUUUGAGCUUUGGACAUUUUUCGGGAACUACAAAAGCAUCGGUUGCUGUUUAAGAGUGGUUGGAGCUAUGUGAUCUGUCUCCUAGUUUAUACUUUGGUUCAUUCCUUUUGUCAAUGGGCUUGUGUCCGGACGUGUAUAUAUCCUGGUGUGUUUGAGUGCUUAGAUAGCGUCAUACAGGUCUAACAGGUCUCAUAGAACUGGACGAUUCUGACUCUUGACAUUUAAAGCUGCCUGCCGCUCUCCAAGCAUAUCAUGGCCAGUGCGUAACUCUCACGCAGCCUUGUAACUACUUACCCUGCACAGCAACAGCAUGUCGCAGGACAUCACGAUUUUGCGCGGCGACUUAUGAACUCAAACGGUCAAAAGCUCCGUCCUCCCGACUCCUCCACGCACGUCGUCCGUUGAGCAAUGGGAUGGAACGUCGUCGCUGCAAUCGGGCCCCUCCUCACAAUCCCCGGUGGUAGAACGGAGGCGCCAAUGAAGGAGUUGCCCGCGCAUCGUCAAGCGAGAGCCAUGGGGGGCGUUAACCCUCCGCUCGUGCGCUGCUGCUGGGCCGACUGCGCGGCGUGCGCCUGCGACCGCGGGAGAAACUACGCUCUCCGCGGAGACGACCGGUGGACGCCGGGCGAGCCGCAUCGAGCGCCGAGCGCAGAUUUGCAAGAGCGCGUGGCGCCGGGGAACAGGGUGCUGCCCGGCAUGCCGUACCUCGCGCUGUGCGCUGUGUGCAUCUUGCUCUGUGUCCCAUACCCUUCGCUCAAGCCACGAGUCUCGCCGUCGAGGUGCUGCCCUGGACUGGAUGAAGACACGGGGCCGGCGCUUGGAGGCAGCGGGCCACACUUGGGUGAUGGUGACACAGUGCCAGAGGCCGAGGAGCAGGUGCCCAUGGGAGGGCCUUUGAACACAAAGCCGGACUUGCAAAUGAAUGCACGUUUGGAUAACAAGAAUGUGAAUAAUCCUUAUACUGGUGAAGCUCAAGUGUUUAUCCAUGAUGAGGAUGAAAAUCAGGAGUCACAGAAGUCAUCGUAUGAUGGUGCAAUGCACAGUGAAUCCAACGCGUCAGAGACUCUGGUCUCGGGCGACAAUUUGCAACACACCUCGGAAGAUGGCCAGUCCGAGCCAGUGUCUGUCCAUCCUACGUCAUCCCCACCCCCUACAGAAGACAGUGCAAUAGAGAAGCUUGGGAUGGCGAGCACCCUGGGAUAUGGAGACUCGGCGGCCACUCAACAAUCCACUGCCGAGUGCAAGGGUGCAGGGGAGGAGGGCAGCCCGGAGGUCGUGCCCCCAUCGCCACCCAUCCCUCCCAAGAUUUUCGACAGCUCCAGCGGGGAAACUGAAUUGCCCCCCGAUGCCCCACGGAUCGAGGAUAAACCCCGCUCAGAGGACCCAACAGACCACGUGGAGGGGCCGGAGAAGGAGCUGCCACCAGUUCUGGCCACGCAUGAAGAGAAGCCCCUGGCAGCGCCCGUUCAGCUGGAGGUGGCACCUGAAGCCAAGCUUGAUGGCACGAAGGCUGAAGAGGAGCCCCGCCGUGCCGACGCGAGCACUCCUCCGUUCAAAGACGAUCGGCUGGCCCCCAAGGACGCAGAGAGCGAAGGCGGCGAGGAGACAGCGGCGGGCGACGAAAAAGAGGUGGCUCCCGCAGCAGAGGAGGGAGAGCCAGCGACCCCCACCGAGGGCAGCAGCGCCGCCACCACCCAGCACGUCGGCGACCCUGCGGACACGCACCCCGGCCCCCACGAAGACAUCCCCUCCUUCGACGAGUGGAAGAAGAAAGUGAUGGAGGAGGAGAAAGAGAAGCAAAGUCACACCUUACAAAGCGUUGACAGCAGCCUCCACCAAGUGAGAAAGACCCAGAAAAAUCUCAACAACUACGCGUCUGUGGAGUGCGGAGCGAAAAUUCUUGCGACAAACCCUGAGGCUAAGAGCACUUCGGCAAUAUUGAUGGAAAACAUGGACCACUACAUGCUCAACCCAUGCAGUGCCAAAAUAUGGUUUGUGAUUGAGCUUUGCGAGCCCGUGCAAGUGAAGCAGAUCGACAUCGCAAACUUCGAGCUUUUCUCGUCCACCCCUCAAGACUUCCUCAUCUCCAUCAGCGACCGGUACCCGACAAGAGAGUGGAACAAGCUGGGCAAAUUCCACGCGCGCGAUGAGAGGACUGUCCAGAGCUUCCCGCUCGACGAGCAGAUGUUUGCCAAGUUCCUCAAGAUGUUCGCCAAAUACAUAAAGGUGGAGCUAUUGUCUCACUUUGGAAAAGAACAUUUUUGUCCACUGAGCCUCAUCAGGGUGUUUGGCACCAGCAUGGUGGAGGAGUACGAAGAGAUUGCCGAGUCUCACUACAACCCCGAGGUGCCCGGCAUCAUCGAUGAAGACUCCGAUUACCCCAUCGAUUAUGGAAGCAAAAUGGACACGGACUCCAAAAAUAUUAUCGGAUCUGCCACAGAUGCCAUCCUCAGCAUGGUGAACAUUGCGGCCAAGGUGCUCGGCGGAAGCAACGAAGCGGAGGUGUCGCAAUCCUCCACGUUUCCCCACGAUAACGUCAGCAGCUUGAGCAACGAGACAUCAGCAAACAGCUCCACCUCGCCGCCUGUGGAAAUUGCCGCCCAACCUGCGGGCAACCGGACGGAAAACGGUUCAGUCACGGACGCCGCCAACCACAUCGCUUCGGAGGAAUCGCCCCCCCCCACGCUGAUCCCCGUGGUGGUUCCCCUGGAGGGCGAAGACGAUGUCGAGGAACAUGAGACCCAAGGUGGCGGCGAUGAGGAACGCGAGACCGUGGGACUGGCGGAGUCGCCCGCCCCACCAGGGCUGGCGCCCCCGGUAAGCAUCGUGACGCAGCUGGGCCCCGAGGAGGACCAGUCCCCCUGGCUGGAGGAGCUGCGGGCGGCGUGGCUUCACGCGGAGACACGCACGCUGUGCGGGGGAGGGGGUGCGGCGCUUGGGCGCUCGUGUGCUGCGCGCCUGCCCGAGCUGGCGUUGCGCAUGUGCCUCCCGUGGCGGGACCGGGACACGCGGCGGGCGCCACGACCUCCGGCACCGCCGGAGAGCGCCGCCUCUCCCGCCCCCGACGCCCCCGACGAGGACUCGAUGACGGCGGCGGCGGGCGCUCGCGUCGCCGGGCCCGAGCACGCGGGGACGUUGCCCGAGGCCGGCGAGGUGAACUUGUCGGAAACCUCUUCGGGCUCGGGGCUCUUGGGCGAGCGCUGUCUGCUGCCACCCCACCCCGCCGCCGCUUACACGGAGGCCGCCGGCGCGGAGCGGCCGUCCUCCCCGGCCGAGCGGAGCCCGGGCGGCGACGGCGGAGAGAAACCGACGGAGGCGGCGGGACCUCAAGCCGAGGCCAAAGCGGAGGACGCCAAGUCGGCGGCGGCCUCACCCGAGCGUGGCGUUGCUCAGGAGCAGCAGGCGGUGGACGUCACUCCGAGCCACGCCGCAGAACACAACGCCGCGGCUCCCCCGGACACGGAGAUCGUAGCCGAAGCGUCGCCGCCUGACACGUUCGAGGAUCAAGCUGCCGCCGCCUCCUCCGCCGCCUCCUCCGUGCUGGGGGCGGCCGAGACAAACGACGGGGGCUCGGUGUCGAACGCGACAACGGCUUCGACGGCGGCGUCGACUCCUGUGGAGCCCUCGCAGACGCAGACGCUUCAGCCGACGCCUCCGAAGCAGCAGCAGCAGCAGACUCAGCAGCAGGCGCAGCAGCAGGCGCAGCAGCAGGCGCAGCAACAGACGGGUGAUGCAGCAACGCAAGCGGUGGCUGUGCUGCCCCCCACGCAGCAUUCUGAGACGGUGGAGACGGUUGGAGACAGGGUAGUGGACACCGUUGACAGGACUCUGCCAGCGUCCACCCCAGCUGGAGAGUUGCUCGCAGUGGAGGAGUCGGCAGUACAAGGAGCAGGAAAUGGCAGGGCAUUGCCUCCCACUACCGUGGGCAGUACAGUCGCUGCGGCCGCGGCUGCUGCCGCUGCUGCAGCCGCGGCUGCGGCGUCGGAGUUCUACGCGGAGGCGAGCAUCGCGGGCGAAGUUGCGCUCGCUCCGGGCGGUCUCGUGCACGGCUCGAGCCAGAAGGAGUCUGUGUUCAUGCGUCUCAACAAUCGCAUCAAGGCCCUCGAAGUCAACAUGUCGCUCAGCAGCCGCUACCUGGAGGAGCUUAGCCAGAGGUAUCGCAAGCAGAUGGAGGAGAUGCAGAAAGCUUUCAAUAAGACCAUCAUCAAGUUACAGAACACCUCUCGCCUUGCGGAGGAGCAGGACAAGAGACAGUCUGAGACCAUCAACCAGAUGCAGGCGCAGCUGGGGAACCUGUCGGACCUGAUCAACAACCUCAGCCAGGCCACCGAGACUCUGCAGGCAAAGGUGUCGGAGCGCGACGUGUCGCUGCUCAUCUCCGAGAUGGUCUGCGUGCUGCUGGUGUUCGUGCUCUGCUGGCAGCGCUGCCGGCGGCCCCGAGCGCCCACCAAGAGCACCGCGAACGUCGCCUACGGCGACGGCAGUCUCUGCGGAUCCUACCCCGAUACACAGUGCCUCAUGACCUGCGGCAGCACCAAGCUUCCGUUCCACCCCAACGGCGCCACCCGCUCCAGGUCGUUGCAGCUCACGAGGUCGCCAGUGCUCAGUGACCUGUACAUCGUGGAGCCGCUGCAGUUUCUUCAGGACCAUAAAAAGAGGAAAAGAGCCAAGCCAUGCAAAACGGAAAAGUCGGACACGCCCAGCGUCGAUCCCGAAGACCGGGCAUUAUUGGACAAGGGCAGCCACCACAAGCUGAACGGUGCACUCGUGCCUAACGGUGUGACGAACGCCGGCAUGUCGGGUGCCGGUGUGUCGAGCGCAGGCGUCCUCUUCAGCAGCUCUGGCGGGCGUCCCCCGUCGCUCGCGGGGCACGAACCGCGACUGUCGCAACCGCCGGGCUCCGCGUGCGGCGGCUCCUCCUCCUGCACCUCCUCUUCCUCCUCCUCCGCCUCCUCUUCCGCCUGCGCGCAGACGGUGAAGCUAGCGGUGAACGGGCGGCCUCGCGGCGGCGAGGAGCGGGGAGCGCCCAGGAGGAAGCGAUCGCGGGCAUACUGCGCCGCGGGCAGCGGUGGCGGUGCGAGGGAGCACGGCGUGCUCGUCAGCAGCCUGCUGCGACGCCGCUCGGGCUCUUUACCGAGCCUGCGCGCCAGCGGUGACGGCGCGCGGAAGCCGCCCCCGAGCAAGUUUCCCGUGGAGACGGUGGGCGUCGUGACGGUACCCACGCGCUCGUGACCGCAUGACCGCGGAGGAGGGUGGGGUUAGAGGGGGCAAGCGGGGGGGGGCAGGGUGCUGGAAGCAUUCAAACGCGAAAGGAAUGUUUUUCGCAAUCAACCAAUGAAGCCAAUGCGUUGCGCUGAUGGUUUUCUGGGUGCGGGCGGAUGGCGUUGGUGCUGGGAGACGCAGCGGGGAAACGUUGUUAAAAGUGCCGCAGUGUCGCAAGAUCCCAAGUUCAUGGAGUCAUUUACCGUGGCGUCCCGUUACCAAGACAAAAGAACAAUGGUCUAACCCUACAAAUGAGCUGAAAUAGGUUUUGCUGUGCUGUUGCGAGCACACCAAUAUUAUUAACGCUACGAGACUCUACACUUAUUCAGCUUGCCCUCGCAUGUCUUCUUGGAAGUGACUGAAACAGUGAAGAAUGGGAAGCUGUGCCCACCUCCAUACAUUUAUGGUGAGUUGGGGGUUGACUGAAAUUUACAAUGCCGACCACGCAUGAAGGGGCACUAUGGUAACAACAAUUGCGUCAGCGAGACUGUCUUUGAUGGUCUUCGUUGUGUGGUGGAGGCUACACUGUGACACUCGGGAAAGUAUUUGCCAAGAAUGAUACUGAUCUAUGCUAAGCUCUCAAUUUCAAUGAAGGUUCUUGAAGCCCAGAGCUAUACUGGAAGAUUUCACAACACUCAAGCUUGUUUGCCAGCAACCUUUCAAUCGAAGAGAGGAGGCUUUCAGCCCAACUACUCAUUGUGACUGAUCCUAAAUGAGGCAGGAGCCAACAAGUAUUUCAUUGUACUCUUAUAAUCAGCCACGCAGUCUUGAGUGCUGAAAAUCUGGCUUUCAUUGUACAGAGUGGACUGCAUCGAGUGUAUAGUUUGGGUUGCUGAGCCAUGCCUACCAGUUAUGAAGCGUCCAGAGACGGCAGCCCUGCACUGUCAUUCGUAAGCACGCGCAAACUCGCCUUCUCUAGGCAACUGAAGGAGUCUAUAAAGUAGUGCAGUGCCAUCCAAUACUUUAUCCCCGGGGUGACGUGUACCGUAUUUUUACGUUGGAAUGCAAUCCCAAUGGACGGUGCUCGACGUUGAUGUUCGACGUUGUACUGCAUCGCCGCUGUUUACAGUCGCGUCACUGUGCCGCGGAUGCUCCGACACCGGACUUCUGACGCGCAGGGAAAGGGGCGAUGUUUGUGACCGGAAGCUCGUGCAGAUCUUCAACUGUGAACCACGUCCGGGGGUCCGUCUCCUUUCACGACGACCUUUGCACCCCCCCCCCCCAUCGCGCCUCUCACUCGUGAUGCUUGAAUGGAGCCCUCGCCAGGCCCACUCCAAUGUGUGGCACCACCGCGGACGUGGAAAGGGAAGGUGUUGAGCAUCCUUCGUGAAGAAUGUCAUAAGGCCCGGCACCAAAACGCGUUUCUCACGAACUCUUAACGAGAUUGCUCCUGCCACAGUUGAAAGUGCUUUUCUCCACUGUCUUUUUGCAUUCGUUAGUCUAGGCUUCCUGCGCUGAGCCACGGACUGUUCAUCAACAAGACUGUUUAGACGCACGGCUGUGAGCCGAGUUGGUUACAUUGAACUUUUGUUAGUGGCGGUAAGGCAAAGUGUGAGUACUGUACUGAUUUUUGUUCAAAUACAGUCUCUCUCAUGGAAUUUUUUUACGAAGCUGCACCAACUCGAAACGCCGUGGGUCAUUGAGGAAGGUGAUGACAGCGGUGAUAUUUUGGCUCGUUUGUUCUUAGUCGGGGCGGUGAUAUUUUACUUUGGAGGAUCUUCGACCGAGGGACGUGAUACCACCAUCUCCGCGAGUCGUGCGACACCCCCACCACCCCCCUCCCCCCACGGCUGCAUCAGUUUCACUUGUAGGGGUCUAUACAAGGGUACGAAUGUGGAAUCGGAUUAUGGCAUACAAUAGUAAUAAUCGUAAACGUAAUAAGCGUAACUGUCCAUCGCAGAUAGGGAACAAUUCUACCGUUGCCUUUUGAGAAGUGUUUUGCAAGCCAGGCUUUAAAAAUGUGACUUUAUUGCUGCCCGUCAAGAGAAUCCGUACACACAACACACUUUUAUAUGAGACUAUACUUGGGUGAUUUUUUUUUUUUACAUGAGGGGCAUACGAUACUUAGUUUCUGAUGCAAAGUGCAAUCGAGCGAAGCGGGGAUUCAAAGGAUAAAAUGCAACCGAGUUGCUGUAAGGCAUCAGUUUGAGAAACUAAGGCUUUAUUACAGUGUUUUAAUUUAGCUUGUGCAUGUGUGUGUGUGCACGGACGAUCGCGUACUUCAGUUGUUGAGCCGGCCAUCUGGUUUUAUUUUCGUGAAGUGACAUUUGUGAAAGAAUGCUUAAAAAUUGUCUCCUUGACAUUUUUAUCUUUCCUCUUAUUUUCUCUUCACUAAAAUUUUGUGUUGUACUCUUCACCGAUGAAGUGAGAGGCGAUCGUCGCUGAAAAGGAGGUUGUGGGGGAACCAUGUGGAGAGAGAGCAAGUUAAGUGUCUGGGUGGGGGUUAGGGUUGAGGAUAGAGUUUGGGAUAAAGCCGAGAUCAGGAUAUGAUUGGCCAGUUUGGGUCACCCCUGUAACUCGUGCCAAACAUUGGCUUUUCACUUUGCACCUCCCUUUCGCUUUUGGUAUUGACAGUGCCCACUCUCUGCGUUCUUAUUUUAUGUCCGUAAACAAAUGGGAUUGCACGGGCGUACAGCGUAUCAGAGUCACAGACGUAACGAGGGACAGGGUGACAUCCUCUUGUGCUACAGCUCGAACGGCACAAACCCCCUGCAACUCGGCAUCGUCCAUUUCUUCUCCCGGGUAACAAUCUGAAGCGGUAAUUAUUGUCGAUACUAAUUUCACUCUCGCAGAAGAGCUACGUUUCGAGGGACUGUUAUAAUGAGCUGUUGUGAUGUUUCAGAUGUGUAACUGAAGCACUUACUCCAAUCUAGUCACAUGAAGAGGGAGCAACACUUUCAGCAUUUUAAACACUCAAGAGGUGGAAACAAACCCAACCCAUUGAACAGAGCCAUUGAUGCAAGGGGUUUAAAUGGAUAGAUUAAGGCCGUGUUAAAUUGUGUGACGUCUAAACAGCAUUGGCUUUGUCUGGAGCGUAUAUUUUCAUGCUUGUUGAGUUUCUUGGUUGUACACUUUAGGUCCACACGACGCAGUGUACAUAAUGCAGCAAACAUACACACUUGGGUUCUUAUUUAUGUAUUUAUUGUUUAAUGCAAACUCUCCGCAGACAACUAGUUGGUUCAGCCGGUACUGCUAUGCCCCAAAAAAGGCACCCAGAUAGCUUUUAAUUAAACCGGGUGGACAAAGCCCUUUUAAAUGCUCCUUCUUGCCCAUCAAGAAUGGUGAAAGCCAUCUUUGGAACAAACUGGAAUGUGAUUGCAGUAAUUUAAUGCACCCCAAUCUGCUUUUGUGUGUCCCAUGCAACUGGAAACCCCAAAGUGCCACUCGUGGCUCCUCUGAACUGUAACUACAAACCCCCACCACUCCUCAGCCCUGUAAGACGUGCAUGCAGUCUUUAUAUAUAGGAGACUAACGCAAUGAAUAAUGUUAUUUUAUUCAUCCUUAAAUGCACCAUUCGUCCCAUUUCAUACUUACCUUGUUCCUUAUCAGUUAUAUUUUACAACCAGUUUCGUAACGUGGUGUCGUUCUAUUUAAUUCAUAAGUCACUUCUGGUAACACCUCUCUCCUGUAACCAGCAGUACGGAGCCACGUGUCACCGUGUCUCGUGUACAUUCAACACAAAUCUCUCCCGCUUUUGGUUAGGGGGUGGGUUAAUUUAUUUUUUUUACGAUGGACAUUUCACGUUUACGUUUGUAACUUCGUUGUAGGAGUUGUUGGUGUGUGACCGAUUGGAAAAAAAAAACCAACCGAGCCAUCUGUGUCGCGUGGCUUCACCUCUUGGCAUUCUCUUUAAGAUUCUGCGCAGAGAAUAAAUGGCCAUUGCACUUGAAACUGCCUGGUGUGCGCACGUGGAUUUGUAGUACGAAAGAGAAUUUACAUAGGCCUUCUGUGGUUUCUAGCCCUGGAAGUUUUGACCGCCCGUGUCACGUGCGUUUGCGCGUUUUGCACUUUCAGCCUUCCCGUGAAAUCCAAGCGUUUGUCUUGCAGCGAAUUGUCAGCAAGUUCAUCACGAAGCUGUAAUCUGUAGCACAGCACAGGUGCACUACAUUUCUGUCGGCGCCUGACGCUGCCUCGAACGAAACAACCGAGGACUGACUGAAUGUAUUUUACUUAACGCGCACACAAUUGGACACAUUUGCUCGAAGAGGAUUUUUUUUUGGUUUAAUGUCAAAGCCGAGAGAUCCUGGACCCGCAACACAAUGGUGUUAUUGUUUUAGGAGAUACUGUGAAUUGUUCCCCGCGUGAUGAUACCUGCUGGUGUGAUGUACACGACUUCCCUUAUUUUAAAAAAAAAAUGUUCACGUGUUUCUGGUCAUUUUAUGAGUGGGAAGCGUGGAUUAAAUAAACAUAAGUUUUAAUCA